UACUGGACUAAUCUCCUUUAAGGUUCAUUUAGAACGGAUAAAACAGAUAAAACGUGAGAUUAAUCCAAAAAUAAUAAAAUAUUAUGAAAGAACAUUUUGGGGGAAAAUCAGAAGUCAAAUCUGUAAAGUUCAGUUUGGACUCGUAAAACUUUAUUCAUCCCACUUUUAUUUCUUGUUCAUAUUCUGAACACAUUCAGAUCAUAAACUGAGAACGUGGUUCAGAUCUCAUCAGAUCAGAUUUACUGAAAUCAGAUUUACAUUCAUCAAAUCAGCUGAUUUAUCAUCGUUCUUCAUUUCACCGCCGUCUUCAUCAGGAGUCUCCUGACCUGGGAGCUGCUGUCUGCUGGUCCAGACUCAGUCCUGGUCUAACAGAGUCCAGACUCGGUCCUGGUCUAUCAGAGUCCAGACUCAGUCCUGGUCCAGACUCGGCCCUGGUCUAACAGAGUCCAGACUGGGUCGUGGUCUAACAGAGUCUAGACUCAGUCCUGGUCUAUCAGAGUCCAGACUCGGUCCUGGUCUAACAGAGUCCAGACUCGGUCCUGGUCUAACAGAGUCCAGACUGGGUCCUGGUCUAUCGGAGGAGUUUGUGUUUGUGGAUCCAGCUGCUGGUUGUCAGGCAGCAAAGUGUCACAAGAGGAAAAACAUGAGAAUCCCCCGAAGAGACGAGAGGAGGACUAAUGAGACGCUAUUAGAGACCGACGGGGUGGGGGGGGGUAGAGGUAGAGACGGAGAGACACUCAGGUGUUUCUCUCUACUCCGGUAAACGUCUCUAAUCUAGCUGGAGAACUGGUCCUGUCCCUCUGAACUGGACCUGGUCCUGUCCCUCUGAACUGGACCUGGAGCUGCUGCUGAUUCUGUCUUUUUGGACUUUAAUGGACGAACAGAAAGACGAUCUGAUCUGGACCUGAGACACGACGGAUCCGUGACCAACAGCUACAACGGGACCGGUCUGAGGGGAGAUGGGCUGUCUGGGAGGACAGACGGAGGAAGAACGACUGGAUGAGAAAGCGAAGAGAGAAGCCAACAAGAAGAUCGAGAGACAGCUGCAGAAAGAGAGACAGGCUUAUAAAGCUACACACAGACUGCUGCUGCUGGGUGCAGGAGAAUCAGGUAAGAGCACCAUAGUGAAGCAGAUGAGGAUUCUUCAUGUCGACGGUUUCAAUGAUGAGGAGAAGCAGGAGAAGGUUCAAGACAUCAGGAAGAACGUGAAGGACGCCAUCGUGACCAUCGUGUCAGCCAUGAGUACGUUGACUCCGCCCGUUCCUCUGGGUAACCCUGGCAACGAGUUCAGACUCGACUACAUCAAAGGCAUCGCACCGCUGUCUGACUUUGAAUACACAGAGGACUUCUUUGAGCACACUCAGAAGCUGUGGGAGGACGACGGCGUGAGGGCGUGCUUCGAACGCGCCAACGAAUAUCAGCUGAUCGACUGCGCUCAGUACUUCCUGGACAGGCUGGAUGCAGUCAGGAGGACGGACUACACACCUACUGACCAGGAUCUGUUGCGCUGCAGAGUUUUGACUUCGGGGAUUUUUGAAACCAGGUUUCAGGUCGACAAGGUCAACUUCCAUAUGUUUGAUGUUGGCGGACAGCGAGAUGAACGCAGGAAGUGGAUUCAGUGCUUUAACGAUGUGACGGCCAUCAUCUUCGUGGCUGCCAGCAGCAGCUACAACAUGGUGAUCAGAGAGGACAACUCCACCAAUCGGCUGAGAGAAUCUCUGGACCUCUUCAGAUCCAUCUGGACCAACAGGUUCCUGAAGACCAUCUCAGUGAUCUUGUUCCUGAACAAACAGGACGUUCUCGCUGACAAGAUUCUGGCUGGAAAAUCCAAAGUGGAGGAUUAUUUCCCCGAAUACGUCACCUACCAAGUCCCUGCUGAAGCUGUUCCAGAUGCUGAUGAAGACCCCAGAGUGACCAGAGCCAAGUUCUUCAUCAGAGACGAGUUCCUGAGGAUCAGCACGGCGAGUGGCGAUGGGAAACAUUACUGUUAUCCUCACUUCACCUGCGCCAUCGACACUGAAAACAUUCGCCGCGUCUUCAACGACUGUCGUGACAUCAUCCAGCGGAUGCACCUGCGGCAGUACGAGCUGCUCUGAUUGG